GCAACGCUGGCGCACGCAGACGCACGUGUUUGCAGGCCUCAUUUUGGAUUUUUCUUUUACACGCGGCGUCAGACUCGAGAAGGUUAAGUUCGUGUUUGCUGCGCGACACAAAGUAUUUCUUCACAUAAAUAUUGUUGCAUUUAAGUGUGCACAAUGUUUGUGUUAUAUGAAACGCCGGCGGGCUACGCAAUUUUCAAGUUGCUCGACCAAAAGAAACUCGAGCAGGUUGAUAAUUUGUAUCUGGAAUUUGAGACACCCGAAAAAGCGAACAAAUUGCUUAAACUGAAGCAUUUUGAGAAAUUCAAUGAUACCACAGAGGCACUCGCUGCUGCCACCGCAGCAGUCGAGGGCAAAGUAUCCAAACCGCUGAAGAAGACAUUGAAAAAGCUGCUGGUCGAUGACGUGCAAUCGUCGCUGCUGGUGGCCGAUGCCAAGCUGGGCACAGCCAUCAAGGACAAACUGUCGGUGCAGUGUGUGUACAAUACGGGGGUGCAGGAGUUAAUGCGCUGCAUACGCCAGCAGGCGGACAGCUUGCUCGGUGGUCUGCCUAAACGUGAGAUGACCGCCAUGGCAUUGGGUCUGGCACAUUCAUUGUCCCGAUACAAGCUGAAGUUCUCGCCGGACAAGAUUGACACGAUGAUUGUACAGGCGCAGUGUCUACUCGAUGAUUUGGACAAAGAACUGAAUAACUAUAUGAUGCGGGCCCGCGAAUGGUAUGGCUGGCAUUUUCCCGAACUGGGCAAACUGAUCACGGACAAUGUUGCGUUCGUAAAGACAAUCAAAUUGGUGGGCACCAGGGAUAAUAUGUCCACCUCAGAUUUGUCUGACAUUCUGCCGGAAGAUGUGGAACAGCAGGUGAAGGAAGCGGCGGAAAUUUCCAUGGGCACCGAAAUCAGCGAUGAGGAUGUGAUAAAUAUUCAGUGUCUGUGCGAUGAAAUCAUUUCCAUCAACGAUUAUCGCACACAUCUCUAUGACUACCUCAAGGCACGCAUGAUGGCCAUGGCGCCCAAUUUAACGGUGCUCGUGGGCGACACAGUUGGCGCCCGUUUAAUUGCGCACGCCGGUUCGUUGAUCAAUCUCGCCAAGCAUCCCUCAUCAACUGUGCAGAUCUUGGGCGCUGAGAAGGCCCUGUUCCGUGCACUCAAAACGAAGAAGGAUACGCCCAAAUACGGUUUGAUCUAUCAUGCCCAGCUGGUCGGUCAGGCGAGCCAAAAGAACAAGGGCAAAAUGUCACGUUCCCUGGCAGCCAAGGCAUCGCUGGCGACGCGUGUCGAUGCCUUCGGCGAGGAGGCCACCUUUGAGCUGGGCGCCACACACAAAGUAAAACUGGAGUCGCGACUCCGUCUGCUCGAGGAGGGUAAUCUGCGCAAACUGUCUGGCACGGGCAAGGCCAAGGCCAAGUUCGAAAAGUACCAGGCCAAGAGUGAGGUUUUCACCUAUCAGCCGGAGGCGGAUAACACGCUGCAGGUGAAGAAACGCAAACAUUCAGAAGCUGAAACGCCCGUCAAACAGGAGGAGGCUGCUGACGCUGAGGCAGCAGAUGAGUCCCAGUUGAAAUCUGAAAAGAAAAAGAAGAAGAAGAAGAAGCAAAAGGAUGAAGAGUCUCCAGAAGCUGAGGAGGCUGAGGCUGAGGAGGAGGAAACGCCCGCCCAGCCGCCGAAGAAAAAGAAGAAGUCCAAACAUCAAGAAUAGGCUUGCUUUUGUUGUUAUUUGGGCUAUAUUUGAUAGUGCUUAGGCUUAUAGAUUUUAGCAGUUACCAUUUUAGUUUUAAAUCAUCCACAAAAUACAGUUUUAUUUGUUGUGUACUACAUUAGAAAUAAAAUGUAACAUGUCAAACAAAAUUAAACACAAUUUGUUUUAUGAUGAAACC